AUGGCCAAGAACAUCUCUUUUCCUUGUGCCAUCACAUUAUUCUCUAUUCUUUUCUUUCUUAUCAACCCAUCAAUCGCAAUGCCAUCGUAUAACGUACAAAGAUACGGAGCUAGAGGUGAUGGGAGAACAGACUCGACUAAGCCAUUUUUGACGGCUUGGUCAUUAGCAUGUGGCUCACGGGCUCGAGCCAUGGUCUACAUUCCCCGUGGAACAUACUUAAUCAGAAACAUAGUUUUUUGGGGUCCUUGCAAGAACAUUAUAACUUUCAAAAUCGACGGCAAGCUAAUAGCUCCAGCGAAUUACUGGAGUAUAGGUACCUCUGGUUAUUGGAUCCUAUUCGCUAAGGUAAACGGUAUCUCUGUUUAUGGUGGAACGAUUGAUGCUAGAGGAACUGGUUAUUGGAAUUGUAGAAAAAAAGGUGGUUAUUGUCCUCAAGGUGCAAGGUCUAUAUCUUUUAGCUGGUGCAGUAACGUUCUACUAAGCGGCCUAACGUCGUUAUAUAGUCAGCAUAUUCACCUAACGGUUCAUCAUUCUUCUAAUGUUCGGAUUCAAGGCAUAAGGAUUAGGGCUCCAAGUGGAAGCCCUAAUACUGACGGUAUAAUUGUCCAGUCUUCUUCUGGAGUCACCAUUAGUAGGUCAAGCAUUGGGACCGGUGAUGACUGCAUUGCUCUUAAUCACGGAUCUAAGAACAUAUGGAUCGAACGCGUGAGCUGUGGACCCGGACAUGGAAUCAGCAUUGGGAGUCUUGGGGAAUACGCUAACGAGGAAGGUGUGGAGAAUGUAACCGUCACGACUUCUGUUUUCACUAGGACGCAAAACGGAGUCAGAAUAAAGACUUGGGCUAGACCAAGCAAUGGAUUUGUUAGGAAUGUGCAAUUUCGAAACCUAGUAAUGAGAAAUGUCGGUUAUCCUCUGAUCAUUGAUCAAAACUAUUGCCCUAGUGGAUCAGGGUGCCCUCGUCAGAGUUCUGGUGUGAAGAUAAGUGGAGUUACAUUUGCCAAUAUAAAGGGAACAUCAACAAGACCGAUAGCUAUGAAACUAGAUUGUAGUGGAAGCCAUCAUUGCACAGGGAUUACGUUACGAAACAUUAAUCUUACUUACAUGAGAAAAUCAUCAGCCUCUUAUUGCAAGAACGCUCAUGGAAAAGCCUCUGGAGUUAUGGUUCCAAGGAAUUGUAUGUGA